AUGUUCAACGUAUUCUUCGGAAGGAAGGCUUCAAGAAAGCAGGAACCAGAGACUUCGAGAAAGCAGCAACCAGAAACUUCGGGAAAGCAGGAACCAGAGACUACGAGAAAGCAGGAACCAGAGACUUCGAGGAACGAGCAGCAAGUCAAAUUAAUCAUUCAAAGUAAUCAAAGUAAGCUGGAGCGGAGCCAGAAACUCAACGAAACCUGGACAGAGUUGGUAGGUGAUAUAACUCAAAUCUACAAGCAGGAACAAAAUCUUUUGCCAUCCAGUUACAUUGCGCUCUAUACAAAAGUUUACAACUACUGCGUCACCGCUAAAGAAACGUCGGCAAAGCCAGUGAUAUAUGGCGACAGGAUGGCGCAAUGGCCAGAGCAUCUGCUGCAUAACCGAUUGAAGGAGUUCCUUGAGCAGUAUCUGCUCUCCUCGCUGGAGAGUGGAAUCGGUCUUGUGGACGUGGAAGUACUCCGGUUUUACACGAAACGCUGGGAAGAAUAUCAGUUCUCUAGUGAAGUCCUAGACGGCGCUUGUGGCUAUCUGAAUCGACACUGGGUAAUGCGAGAAAGGCAAGAAGGUCACAAGGACGUGUAUGAAGUCUACGAAAUGGCGUUAGUAACGUGGCGUGAAAACCUUCUCAAAAACCUAAACAAACCAAUUACGAGUGCAGUGCUUAAGCUGAUCGAGCGUGAACGUAACGGUGAAACGAUUAAUUCAAGGUUGAUAUCUGGCGUUGUGAAUUGCUACGUAAAACUUGGUUUAAACAAAGACGGUGCGGAUCCGCCAAGUUUGUCGGUGUAUAAAGAAGGCUUCGAAAAUGUGUUUCUUGAGGACACUGAAAUGUUCUACGCCCGAGAAAGCGCCGAAUUCCUGCGGCAGAAUCCGGUAACCGAGUACUUGAAGCGUGUGGAACAACGUUUAAGCGAAGAAGAAAAACGUGUGCGGGUGUAUUUGCAUGAAAGCACUCAGAAAAGUCUGAAGGAAACGUGUGAGCGUGCUUUGAUUCAGAAUCACCUAGAGCAGUUCAAUGCCGAAUUUCAAAAUCUGCUCGAUUCCAACGACAGGAACUGCGAACUACAGCGAAUGUAUUCACUGAUGGUACGUGUCCCCGGAGGCUUGGUUGAACUGAAGACUAUUCUUGAAGCACACAUUCACAACCAAGGAUUGGCGGCCAUCGCCAAGUGCGCCGAAACUGCCUUGACUGACCCGAGAAUUUACGUCCAGUCGAUUUUGGACGUUCACAAAACAUAUAACGAUCUAGUCAUUACUGCAUUCGAUAACGAUAGUGGAUUUGUGACCGCUUUAGAUAAAUCCUGCGGAAAUUUUAUAAAUAGAAAUGCAGUUACGGCUGCAAGCGGAAGCAGCGGUAAAAGUCCCGAACUGCUUGCAAAGUAUUGUGAUCUGUUGUUGAAAAAAUCCAGCAAGAAUCCCGAGGAAGGUGAGCUUGAGGAUGCUCUUAACCAAGUGAUGAUAGUUUUCAAGUACAUCGAAGAUAAGGAUGUAUUUCAAAAUUUCUACAGCAGAAUGCUCGCCAAGCGUCUCGUCCAAUACGUGUCUGCUAGUGAUGAUGCCGAAGCGUCAAUGAUUUCCAAACUUAAGCAGGCAUGUGGCUUCGAGUACACGAAUAAAUUACAGCGAAUGUUCCAAGACAUAGGAAUUUCAAAGCGUCUCAACGGAAAGUUUAAACAGCAUGUGAAAAAAAUGCCCCAAUCUGCGGGGAAUGACAUUGAUUUCAGUAUCCUCGUCCUAUCGUCUGGCUCUUGGCCAUUCAAGCAAGGUGCUGCGUGUUCCGUACCGUUUGAGUUGGAACAGUCUGUCCAUCGAUUCAAUGAAUUCUACGCAAACCAACAUUCCGGACGGAAGCUAACCUGGCUCUACAAUCUGAGUCGCGGGGAACUUGUUACAAACUGCUUCCGAUUGCAAUACACUCUUCAGGCCAGCACGUUCCAAAUGGCUGUUUUAUUGCAGUUCAAUGAGCAAACAACAUGGACGGUUCAGCAGUUGGGCGAAAACACAACCAUCAAACACGAUACUUUAGUUCAAGUACUUCAGCUACUGUUAAAAGCAAAGUUGCUCACCUGUUCGGACGGCGAAGCCGAUCUUCAGCCUGGCUCGCGCGUUGAACUGAAUACCGAGUUUAAAAAUAAGAAACUUCGAAUCAACAUAAACUUCCCGCUCAAAGUAGAGCAAAAGGUAGACCAGAAAGCGACACAGCGGCACAUCGAGGAGGAUCGUAUGAUGCUGGUACAGGCAGCAAUCGUAAGGAUUAUGAAGAUGCGCAAAACACUGCAGCACUCGCAGCUGAUCGGUGAAGUGCUGAACCAGGUUUCGACCAGAUUUAUACCGAAGGUUACAAUGGUAAAGAAAUGCAUUGACAUUCUUAUGCAGAAGGAGUACAUCGAGCGCCUGAAAAAUCAGAAAGAUAUGUACAGCUAUGUAGCUUGA